GAUUGUAAAUUUGUAAUCAAGCCCGCAGUUUUCAUUUUCGAAUCGAGAGAGAGACAGAGAGGGAGAGGAUUUUCGAAUCAAGGAUUGGGGGAAAAUGGGGAUUCCGUCAGAGUUGAGGGACUUGUAUGCAAGCCGCAAGACCUCUCUGCUCAUCCAAUCACCACAGGAAGAUGCCAAGAUGCUUCGCUCAAAGAUGUGCACCCAAGAAGGUGUUCGUGCUGGAACUAAGGCUGCUGCAAUUGCCUGUGUCGCCAGCGCAAUUCCCACUUUGAUAGUUUGUCGAAAGGUUCCUUGGGCAAAGGCGAAUAUCAACCAUACUGGACAGGCACUCAUUAUAUCUGCUGCAUCGAUAGCUGGAUAUUUCAUCACGGCAGAUAAGACUAUAUUGGAAUGCGCAAGGAGGAAUACACACUACAAACCAUCAUAAGAGAAAAUGGAGUUGGGGCUGUCUUAGUUUAAUUUGUGCUCCAGAUGUUUGUACUACUCGUGAUCUGUUUGUAUGCUGCUUUCCAAUUUUGACAUAAAUCUUUUUUAGAGGGAACUUUAAAAAAAGUUUCUGGACAAUGGGAUUUACAUAUUUUCUAGAA